AUGGAAAGUAUUGAACAGGUGAUCAGGCAAUUUAAAAAUAAUAGCCCAAAUUUAAAGAUUCACAAAAGACUCAUGCAGACAUCCCGGUGUUUUUACAAGGAGGUUUUUCUGCUACACCAGAGUAAAAUCACUUUGUACAGCAUGGAAAUUAAUGUGGAGAAAGACAAACAAACUGGAGAGACCAAGAUUCUCUCUACGUCCCCCAUUGGCCCCGAGGCUGCCCGUCAGAGAGGAAUCAAAGUCUAUGAUGAUGGUACCAAAGUAGUCUAUGAGAUGCAUUCUGGAGGCACGGUGGUAGAAAACGGAGUACAUAAGUUAAGCUCAAAGGACGUAGAUGAUCUUAUUCAGAAAGCAGGGCAAUCAAGCAUAAAAGGAGGGGCUAUAUCAAUAGUGGAUGGAAACCUCAGUCACAUGAAGGAACAAAUUCUUUUUAAGGAAGCAAAACUAGAGAUGGUGCACAAAUCCAGCAAAAGACUUUCUGGGAACCCUCCACACCAAGCAAAACUUUCUGGGGAUGAAAUCCCAGAAGCCAGUUCAGAUCACCCAGUAACAAUGAUAUUUAUGGGUUAUCAAAAUAUUGAUGAUGAAGAUGAGACCAAAAAGGUAUUGGGCUAUGAUGAGACAAUCAAGGCCGAACUGGUCCUUAUUGACGAAGAUGAUGAAAAAUCAUUACGUGAGAAGACAGUGACUGAUGUGUCGACUAUGGAUGGAAAUGCUGCUGAGUUAGUUUCUGGGAGGCUCUUGUCAGACACAACAGAGCCCUCUUCACCAGAGGGAAAAGAAGAAAGUUUACCAAUGGAGAAAGUCCCAGGUACAGAAAAGAAAAAGCGCUGUCAGUGCUGUAAUGUCAUGUGACCAUCUUCCUUCCUUCCUCCUUCGCCUCCUUCUUCUUCCGAGCAGCUCAUGCUCCAUCACUCCCUUAGACCUCACUGUAUUUUUCUAACUGCAGUACUGUGAACUGGAAGUGACUGCCUCCAUUGCCUUGCAGUUGGUUUGCUCUGAUUUUUCUAACUUGUCAAGGGAGAUGAGUAAUGAAAGUACAGACUUCUCACCAAAUGCACUCUUUUAGGAUUAUUUUUAGAGUGUGAGAACAAAAACAGCAAACAAAGUGCUGUUCUAUUUGAAAGAUAUCUCUAUAUCAAUAUAAAUAUAUAAUAUAUGAAUAUGCAUAGUUGAAUAUGUGUAAUAUGCAUAUUUAUGUAUGGCAUAUAUUUAUUAGACUUAUAAACGUAUAUGAAGAAUUUUACUUUAUAUAACUAGCAGGUAUGAUCAACCUCCAAGGUUUUACAGGAUUCCUAAGUUUCACAUAUAUGUGAGCCUUAAACUGCAUUUUAAUGUUGUACGUUUUUUAAGAAACAGGUUUUAUUUUUUACUGGUGUAAGGGAAAGACAUUUGAUCAUGUUGUUUGAGAUCCUAAUAUUUGAAUUUUCCUUCCCCAAAGAAAGACUUUGUUCUAAUUUGGGAAGCUGUUUAUUAAGACCUGUUCCCAUAUAAGCCCCAAUAAAACGGUUUGGUCUUGCAGACAAUGUACAAUGGGAUCAACCCAACUAGCAUCAUGUUGACUGGAACCUUCAUUUCUUUUGUUCAAGUUUCUGAUGGGCUCUUCUAUAAGGGUCAUUGAAAGGAAUGCAUUUUGCACAGUCUCCGUGCUCAGCGUUCCUAUAUAGUUGGCUUCAAUGAGGCUUGUAUGCAUGCAAGUGUGGAUCAGAAUUCAGUUGUGACAUAUUUUGCAACACUGAAAAUACCACACUGAUUUCACUACUGACUGGUAUCGUUAAAAAUAAUUGAAUAGUUGCUUAGGGAACUCAGAGUGAUGAUUUAGGGUUUUGUUAUCAUUGUUUUAUUUGCCCUUAUUUAAAUCUUCUAGUUUUCAGUAUUGUGCUUAUGUCCCAUCUUCCUACAGUCGAAUUAAAAUGAGUAUGCCAUGAAAAUAGGUCUAGAAUUGCCAGGAUUAAAUUAUUGUCACUGAUUUUACUUGUUUGCCUUUCAGUAACAGUGCCUACCUAUGUAUAUGGUCUGCUUGUCAGAACUGUGAUAUGUAAAAGAUGAUUUUGUGGUUUAUAUAAAAUAUGUAUCCAUAAUAACUGUCUUAUGAUCUAAAUUUCCCAAAAAGAAAAAAGAAGAGAGCCACUUUUUCUCAAGAAUAGAAGGCCCCAGUUCUCAAAGUCUCUUUAGAGGUUGUUAUGUUUGCCUCCCAGAGAACAGAAAAUCAAAGUAGAAAAGCUAGCAUUUUUAUAAUAGGCAAGCACCAUAUGAACUAUCAUCAUCUUCCAGUGUUUCCUUCAGAUAAAAUAAAAAAGCCCAGUGGGAAUCUUAGCUUCAUAUUAGCAUCACCAGAAUCACUUUCUAUGUCCUUCUGCUUGAAUGUUUGGUUACUAAGGGCUCGUACGGCUAUGUUCCCAUUCUUGACAAUACAAAAAGGACAGCACCCACAACAUACUUCAUACCACAGUUGGCAGUUAAACCAGUAGUAUUGCUGCCUUCUGAGAAAAUAAUGUAGAUUACUUUUAGGUUAAAGAUUGGCUCUUCAAAGGCUGGGGAAAACAGUUCUAUAAUACCUGUUCUGUAAAUUCUAAGGAGGAUAAAGAGAAUUAAUGACAUUUCCAGGUAAAAGUUACUCCAGGUAAAAGUUACUUCCACAACCAGUGAGUUUGACGUGACACCCUCUCCCCAUUCCUGCUUCAUAUCCUCCUUCCCAGCUCUCACCCUCAUUUGUUUGCAUUGCUCAUGGCACCUCAUUUCCCCCUAUCCAUUAGAAAAUUGCCUCUUUCAAGAUGGCAAAACACGCUUCAAUAGUUCUGACAUUCAGUGUGUACAUACUUAAGUUGUUAUUCAAAGCCUCUGCCAAUAAGUUUCUCCUCUAACCUUUGCACAGGAGUCUGCGAAAACCAAGAUUGUGACAACUCAUGGGAUAAAUUAGAGGUCUGGGUCCCAAAUUAGAUUGCACGUGCAGGAGAAGAAUGCGAUCUACUCUUUUCAGGAAACCUCAGCCCUACAAAAUAAAAAUGCAUUGGGCAAGGCAUUGCUGGUGCAACUAGGGGGGGGAAGCAGAGUCUGCCCUCAUGCACAACAUAACAAUCCUUCUCUAGUGAAUCUUUGAUAAAAACAAAAUCCACUGUUUACAAUUAUUGCUGUCAAAAAGCCAGCACAGUAAAUCAUAGAUGGACAUGUUU